AUGUUGUUAGGGCUGGUUUCCGUGCCAACUCUGGGCGUGAUUGAAGCGUCGUCUGCCGCCAAUCGCCUCCGUCGUCGGUGCCACGCUGUACUGCCUCUCUCAGACUCGAAGGCCAAAUCCAUCUGCCACUCUGCCCUGCCCCCCCACCCCCUUGCCCUAACACCCUUGGCCGGUACUGCUGGUCUCGAGGGCAGGGAGCACUCGGGGAGAGGGUACAGUCCGCUGGUGCCUGGCAGCAACGACGCAGUUCUGGCAGUUCUGGUCUUGUGA